AUGGACUCUAAAGCGCAGGACCUUCAACCUUUGAUGCAGGAAGAUAAUUCAGAUUGUGAAGAAUACUUCGACCACGCUCUAGAUGAUUCCUCAUCGGGAUACGAUUCUACGGAUAUUGACGUAUCAGACGUCGAUUCAGAUGAUUCUAUGAUGUCACAAAAUAUAUCGUAUCUGUCUAAACAUAAACCAACGUACCAUGAUGCCGAACAGCAAGUUAGAGCACACGUGAGCAGCACUAAAACCUUGUACGAGAGUUUGAAGCUCAUUCUCGACAUGCCCGAGAUGUGUGACGUCACAUUUCUGGUUGGAACAGACAACACGCCUGUUAAUGGUGUACGCUCAAUUUUGGCUACAAGAAGCAAGGUGAUGUACCAGUUAAUCUUUAACCAUAUCAAGACAUUAGAAGGGCGGUCGUCAUUCGGAGUACGUCUGGCGAUACCUGUUCACAAGUACGACGCCGAGGUGUUCCGAAUGUUGAUACAGUUUAUUCACUGCGGGACCGCUACCAUCACUGAUCAAACUGUUACAGGUCUGAUUUGUGGCGCGUGUCAGUUCGAGCUUCAAAACCUUGAGGCCGCUUGCUGGCGUUACCUCAGAGCAAGGCUCUGUUCGGGGCAAGAGGAGACGAUUCUUGCCGGCUCCAGGAAGUACAAGGAACAUCGGAAUUACGCCUUCAUUAUGGAACUGAUUUACAAGUUCCUGGAUGAAAGAUUCAACGACCGAAAGGGAUCUCGCGGCACGAAUGCCCCGCAAAACAGAGGUCUGAAGAAUGAGCUUAGUUCUCGCGCCACAAAGGCCCGAGAAACAGAGGUGUAA